GCCUAACCAUCCUCUUCAUGACCCGCCCAUUCGCCGCUGCUGCCUGAGCUUGGUCAGGUGUUCAUUGUACAGCGACGUAAACUUUGAAUUUGGAAAACUUACUGGAUUUUUUGUGUGGACAAACACAGUCGAGGCCAUGCUUAGACGGAUACUUCAAAUGACUCCUGGGAAGGGAGGCUCCCAGAACGCAGAGUCAGAGCAGCCCAGCACAGAUCUUAACCACGAUCAGACGUCUGAGGGCUUCAUCUGUCCUCAGUGCAUGAAGUCUCACAACUCUGCAGAGGAGCUUUUCAAGCACUAUGAGCUGUUCCACGAUACCGGAGACCUGCCCGCUCAUGUGGCCCCCACUCGGGAAGACCUUACAAUGCUGCGGCAAGAGGUUCAGGACCUGCAUGCUUCUCUCAAGGAGGAAAGAUGGUUCUCUGGAGAGCUCAAGAAGGAGUUAGACAAAGUCCAAGGACACCUGAAGCAAACUGACGGACAGACGGGCUCAGAGGAUUCAGCCCUCGAAAGGAAGUUGAAUGAAGCGGAGACAGAAAAGUUCAACAUUAAGCAGAUGAAAGACCUGUUUGAGCAGAAGGCUGCCCAGCUGGCCACAGAGAUAGUAGACUUAAAGUCCCGCUAUGAUGAGGAGAAGAGCCUAAGGCAGGCUGCUGACCAGAGGCUGGCCAAAUUGACCGAACAGCUACAGAAAGAGAAGCAGGAGAACGAUAGACUUCAAACAGAACUGCUGCAGCGACCGGGAGUGGAGGAUGUGGAGGUACUGCAGAAGGAGCUGGUGCAGGUCCAGACACUGAUGGACAGUAUGACCCGCAAGAGGGAGGACGAGUCUGAACGUCUCAAAAACCACUACGAGCAGCUGCAGGCUAAUUACACUACCUCAGAGAUUCGUAAACUGGAGAUGACCAUAUCCCAACUGAAAGCAGAGCUGGAGAAAGGUCCGCAGGAAGCAGCCGUCUACACACAACAGAUCCACCAGCUGCAGAGCAAUCUGAAUAAUUUGCAGCAGCAAAGCCAGAGCCUGUCUGAAAAGCUUGCGCGUAAGGAGAAAGAGUAUCAGGAACUAGAGGAGCGUCUGGGAGCUGAGAAGGCUACCAAGAAGGGAGUUCAAGACAGCCUGAGGGAGAGGGAGCUGGAGGUUCAAGAGCUCCAGGCUCAGGCCACAGGGGCUGAGGCCUCCCUGCAGAAGGCCCAGAUGGAGCUUGUAGAGAGAGCUGAGGAGGUGGCAAAGUUGAAGAGUGAGGUCAUGGAGCUGGAGUUUAAGCACGCAGAGCUGAAGGUUGAGAGGAAACAGUUGGAACAGCAAAGGGAAGAAAAAGAGAGCCAUGGUGCUCAGCAGCAGACUGAGAUCAGUCAGCUGCACUCCAAACUGCUGGAGGCGGAGAGGCAGCUGGGCGAGGUGCAAGGUCGUCUUAAAGAACAGAGGCAGCUGUCUGGGGAGAAACUAAAAGACCGCGAGCAGCAAGCAGCCGACCUGCAGCUCAAACUGUCCCGUGCGGAAGAACAGUUGAAGGAGAGUGCCAGUAAGAAUACAGACCUGCAGCACCAGCUGGAGAAAGCCAAGCAGCAGCACCAGGAGCUGCAGGUGCUGCAGCAAAACACCAAUGGCAAACUCCGCGAGGCACAGAAUGACCUGGAGCAGGUGCUGCGUCAGAUCGGAGAUAAGGACCAGAAGAUCCAGAAUCUGGAGGCUCUGCUGCAGAAGAGUAAGGACAUUGUGAGCCAGCUGGAAACCGAGAGAGAGGACUUAUGUGCCAAGAUCCAGGCCGGGGAGGGAGAGACGGCUGUGCUCAACCAGCUAAAAGAGAAAAACCAUGCACUACAAGAACAAGUCACACAGUUGACAGAAAAGCUGAAGAACCAGUCGGAGAGCAACAAGCAAGCCCAGGAUAACCUUCAUGAGCAGGUCCAGGAGCAGAAGACCCUGCUGCGUUCAGCCCAAGACCGAGCCCACACCUUGGAGACCUCAGUCACUGAACUCACCACCCAGCUCGCAGACAGCAAGGAGAAGGUAUCCCAGCUGGACGCUCAGCUGAAGGGAAAGACAGAGAUGUUGUUAUCUGCAGAGGCAGCCAAGGCUGCACAGAAGGCUAACCUGGAGAACAACCUGGAGACUGCUCAGCAUGCAUUGCAGGACAAGCAGCAGGAGCUUAAUAAGGUUCAGAAGAAGGUGGAGGAGCAGGCCCAAAGGCUAAAGGAGAGACAGGAGCAGUGCACACAGCUGGAAGCCAGUCUGAAGGAAUGCAAAGACAAACUAAUGGCAUCAGAACAGCGUAUAGAGCAGCUGGAGGGGCUUAAUAAGAAAUUGGAGUCACAGGUUGGGGAGUUGCAGACCACACGGGACCAGGUGCAGCAAGACGUGCAGAAGCUGCAGAAGGAGGGGUCAGAGGUUAAACGGAAAGCCAAGGAGCUGCAGCACUCACUGGAAACAGAGAAAGCAGGGGCUACAACACUACAAGAGGAAUUAAAGAAAACAGCAGCUGCUUUGAGUGACAUUCAGCACGAGAUGGAGCGCAGUGAGCAGGAGAAAGCCGCUCUGAAGUUGAAUCUGGACAAGGUGAUCCAGGAGGGAAAGACUAAGCAUGCAGAGGUGGACAGGAAAGCUCAGAGCCUGGCAAUAGACUUACAAAAGGCCCAGCAGGAUAAAGAGGUUCAAAGGAAGGAGCUUGCCUCUGUGCAGGGGAGCCUAGCAAAGGCUAGUAAGGCACUGAAAGAGAGUCAGACUCAACUGGACACAGAGAGGAAGAACAAUAAGUCAGCCAUGGAGGAGAAGGAAAAGUCCAAUGAAAAGGCCAGACAGGAGCUUCUUAAGAAUAAUGAGGCCAUCACCAAGGCAAUGGAAGAAUAUAAAGAGCAGUUGGAGCAGAUGAGAGAGGCAGAGAAAAAGUUGAAAGUGCAGCUCACCACAGUGGAGCAGCAACACUCAAAGACUCAGGAGACGCUGAAGGAAAAAGAGAAUCAGUUGGAGAAGCUGCGGGCACAACUUAAGACGGCCCAGGGGUCCUUUGAGGAGGAGAUGCAGAAACUGAAGGGCCAAGUGGCAGGGUUACAAGAAGUUAAUGUCAAGAAGGAAGAAGAGGAGAGUAAGCUGAGGGCCCAGGUGUCAGGGCUCAGUCAGAAGCUGGCCUCUGAGAAGAGUCGGACGACAGAGCUGCAGAAGGCCUCGGAGCAAAGCCAGCAAAGCCUCACUAAGCUUCAGUCUGACUUCUAUGGCAAGGAGUCUGAGGUCUCUGCCCUGCGUCAAGACCUGAAGGUGUCAGAGGAGAAGCUGAACGUGGCUCAGGAAGAGCUGGCUGCUAACCGAACCCAUCAGACACGUUUAGAGGCUCAGAUUCAGGAACUGCAGACUGGCCGGGGCUCGUUGGAGCAGGAGCUGGCAAAACGGGACCAGAAGCUCCAACAGCAAGAACAAACCCUGAGGGAACUACAGAAGCAACAGGGUCAAGUAAAGGAGGAAGUGGAGAAGGAGAGGAGCAAAGUGGAGGAGCUGAACAAAGCCAAGAGUGUCCUGGAAAAGAAUAACACCAGACUGACUUCAGAAUUAAAAGCGCUAAUGGAGAAGAGCGAGAAGGAGCUGGGUGAGUUGCGGGAAGCCAAACAGCUGUUGAUCCAGCAGAAACUGGAGCUGCAGAGUCAGGUGGAGGCAGCACAGAGCACCCUGGAGCAGGAGCAGAAAGAGCACCAGGCCACCAGGGACAGCAGGAGCCAGAGAGAGGAACAGCUCCUUGCCCAAACCAAGGAUGUCCAGGAUCAGUUGUUGGCAGAGAAGCGAGCGAGAGAAGAGCAGGUGAAGCGUAGGGAGGAAGCAGAAGCAAAGAUGGGUGUGCAGGUGACAGCUCUGAAUGAAAAUGUGGCCACGCUGAAGAGAGAGUGGCAGGGCAGCCAACGGAGAGUCGGUGAACUGGAGAAGCAGACCGAUGAGCUGAGAGGAGAGAUCGCUGUGCUGGAGGCCACCAUCCAGAACAACCAGGACGAGAGACGGGCUCUUUUAGAAAGGUGUGUAAAGGGUGAAGGCGAAAUAGAGAAACUACAGGCCAAGGUGGUGGAGCUGAGGAGGAAGCUGGAUGACACGACAGCAGCCAUGCAGGAGCUUGGCAGAGAGAACCAGUCGCUCCAGAUCAAGCAGUCACAGUCUCUGACCAGGAAGUGGGCCGAAGAUCACGAAGUGCAGAACUGCAUGGCCUGUGGGAAAGGCUUUUCGGUCACUGUCAGGAAGCAUCAUUGCAGACAUUGCGGAAACAUUUUCUGUGCCGAGUGUUCAGGGAGGAACGCCCUCACGCCGUCCUCUAAAAAGCCAGUACGGGUCUGUGAGACAUGCUUUGAGGAGCUCCAAGGCUGAUUUCCCUCUCAUCCCUUUACCUCCCCCAAACACCCUCCAUACCCACUUUUUCCCUCCCCUUCCUACUCCAGCGGGCAGAAGAAGGCGUGUCUGUCAUAUUUUAAUGUGCACUAUAAAGGACAGACCCAGUGCAAAGACUCCCACCUGCAUGUGACUUCUGGCUCUGGUGUGGAGUGAAAUAACUGAAGGGUUUCAAUGAAGAGACACCAGAGCCACGUGAGGGGAUUGGGUGGGCUUGGUUGAGAUUGUCUGUGUCUGUUUUUGUGCCUUUGCUGCUCCUGUGGACUGCCAGAGAGCAGAGACAGUGAGAACUAAACACCAUCCAUCUCUUUUUAAGUUCAUAUUCACAUCUCCAUCGUUGUUUGGCAUCAUUAGCAAAUGCAAGGUGUUUGCUUUGUAUGUUGUAAAAUGUUUGGCAUCAGGAGGUGUAAGGUCAGCGCGACACUGCAAGAGUGACUGGGGAAGUAAAUAUUGUAAUAGCGAUGUUGAAAAUCAUUGCUGCCCUACAAAGGUAAAUGCAGGUAACUUUUGAAAAAUGUAAAUGCCCGAUGUGACAUAUUUUCUACUACACCAAUCUGAUCACUAAGACAUUUAAAUUCAGAUUUUUAUAGCAACUCAAGUAAGUACAAAAGUAUUUUUGGAUUUUUCACUGUAACUGACAUGCUGUAUUUAAUGUGUGUAAUGCAGAUUUGAUAUGUGAAUACGGAGGUGUGUUAAAAUUGUUUUUUUUUUUUUUUUUGAAGGAAAUCAUUAUUUGUGUUUAAAAUUAGAAUUACAUGCUGUCAACAGUUCAUUUGGCCCCAAAACAAGGCAACCAAUGCUUGUUAGUUCAUUAGCUGAAGUUUGUUUGUGGACAUGAUUUCAUUCAAAUAUUAAGUGGAGAUUUUACAUUUAAAAAUAUGCAUUAUGUUUAGUAAAUUCACAGUGGUAAAAAGAGACUAGAUCCUUUUUGGUAACAUUUUGUUGUUAACGGCAAAAGAUUGAGAUUUUAUGGGUCAAACGGCAUUUUUGGUGUUUAAGUCUUCAACUUUAAAAAGAAAAAGUGCCCUAAAGAAAAUCAGUCGAUUUAUGCACCAGCGAUUUUCUGUACAGGGCUUGAAAUCAAUUGUGAUGUCAAAUCAGUUACUGCAUGUUUCCUUUGUACGGCAGCGUGUUUGUUGAAAUUAAUGUAUUCAGCCUAUUUCAUGACCAAAGAAUGUCUGCAGCAGGAAUACAGUCGAGACGAAAACCCUGAGUUUGUUUCAUAUUUCAGUAUUUUUCUAAGCGUCUCUGAAAGCUUUUGAGUUUUAAAUCACAGGGUCCUAAAUUUUUAUCUUGAACACAGCAUGUAUGACCAUCUGAGGCUUUUAUGUGCAGUCAGUUGUUGCUGUGCCACAUUUCUCUGUGUGUCAAUUUCUGCAAAUUGUGGUGCUUUCUGCAGACUGGUAAUGCAGGUUGAAGAUGCCUGCAUGUUCAUUUUUAAAACUUUUUUUUUUCCCUGCUGCUUGUCUCCGCUCAACAGCACUGACUGACUGCUAGAGGUGUGUGUGUGUGUGUGUGUGUGUGUGUGUGUAUGUGUGUGCUCUGCUUUGAAGCAAUAACUGUGGCUGUAUGUGAUGUUGCUGUAACAGAGUGUGUGUUUUAGCGUUUAGGCCUGCUGUGUUUGUCUGCUGAGAUGCACUGUACGAAUGUUGGCUGCUCAGAACCUCAGUAUCUCUCUGCACGUUGUUCGGGGAUGUCAGUGCUGCUUUCAGGUGCAGCAGUUACUGUCAAUUCUCUGUCCAACCGGUCUGCAGCUGAGAACACUGUAAAAGUAAAUUCCUGCUUUGUAUAAUUUAUAAUUGUUGAUAUUGGUCAGAUCUUUUGUGCAAUUGUCUAAAGACUGGAGCAGGCGAAAACACUGUAAACCAGGCGACAAUACAGGCUGUUCUGGCAUUUUGUAUUUUGUUUCAGACAUUGGCUUACCAAAUUCGCUCUUUAUUCUUGUACACCCACUAAAAAAAGAACAUCCAUCUCAGUUGCAAGCUUUCAAGAACACCUGUCUCUUUUUUGUGUUGCAUUGGUUUUGUUCUGUCUACCUCAGAUUGGCACAGGAAAAGCACUAUUUGUAAACCUUAGAGAUCACAAAAAUUGUGUCAUUGCCUGCAUUUGAUCAAGGAUUUGUGAUUUAUCUAUCAAGCUGUACAGUCCCUUAAAAAACCCAGAGAUGAUUUGCACCGUAUUGUAUUCUGGGCUUGUUCGUAUGAGAACCCAGCCACAAAUGUAGGAACACCAACUUUAUAUAGGCUUCAGCAUUUCUAGCCCUGAUGUACUUAACUGCUGAUUAAUACUAAGGCUGUCAUAAUUAUCUUUGUAAAUGUUUGUAAUGAAAGAGAAAAAGGACCUAUAUAACACUUGUGGAUGUAGAAACAUGACAACAGUGAAAAUGUGUGUGGACUUAUCAGUGUCUUACAAAUUUUUACAAAAUGGCACCACAGACCUGUACACACUGAAUUGUGGCUUGCUUUGUGUUGCUGUCAGUUAUCAUGCAUGAUGACUUAACUGGUCGGUGGCUCUCACAUUUUCUCCAUGUUUAGAGUCAUCAUAAUUGAUGGUUGUGAAGGUGUGCCUUAGGCCAACAUCUUGUACGUCACUGCUUAUUGUUAGUGGUGGCAUGCACCACGUAUUACCACAGUCAGGGUGACCUCAGUUCACCUGAGGGGACGAGAGAAACAAUGUAAUUUAUGUUCACAUGCACCAGUUGAUUUUCUAAUUCAUCGUCAUGACAAACCUAAAUAAAACCUAAAGUAUGUUUCUA